AUGAGAUUCUCCCAUUUUCUGAAAUAUAAUGCGGUCCCGGAAUGGCAAAAUCAUUAUGUUGAUUACAACGAACUGAAAAAUUUAAUAUACACACUACAAACGGAUGAGCUGAAUUUAACUGAAGGUGGCGCCUCCAAAGAUGAUAAGACUGCUACCAUAACUGGGAAAUCAUCUCCUAAGGCCUUUGCUGCUAAAUUGAAGAACAAAUUAUUUAAAAAUGGAGUUGACUCCAACGUGUCGUUAACGGAGAACGAUAACGAAAUAAAGCCUGGUUUAAAGCCCGAUGAAAUGGUACGAGAGGAGACCUUUGAGUUGAAUGAUCUUACACAUAAUGCCGGGGCGAACACACUCGAACCAACUUCAAGGUUUUCUGAAUUUAAGAAGAAGGCUCAUGAUAAGAUCUUUGAGUCUCGUCGUUCUUCAGAGUCCAGUGAUGCUAAGACCUUAUUUAAUACUUAUGAUACAUUCAUGAAUAGCCUAACUGUGGAGAAAUUGAAGGUGGAUGACUUUUACAAGAGAAUGGAAGCGAAAUUUGAUCAAAGAUUCGUUGCCUUGGUGAAAGACCUUGAGAAGGAAGGUGUCUCACCAAGAGAGUUGAAUAUUGAUUUUUUCCCAAAUGAGGAUGAUGCAGUACCGCACCUUGCUGCUGAUGGAAAUGAAGUUACCAUCGAACGGGAGGGUACACACGAUAUCGUCAAUGACGCAGAUGAUGAAGAUGAUGACGAUGAUGAAGAAGGAGAUUACGGUGAAUUUAAUGAUGAUGCACAGGAUCAUACUGCCUUGCUAAAUUAUUCUCAAUUUAACAUCAAAUCUCAGAAGACAUCGUUAUUAAAGCAAUCAAUCACCAACUUAUAUAUCGAUUUAUGUCAAUUGAAAUCAUUUAUUGAGUUGAAUCGUCUUGGUUUUAAUAAAAUUACUAAAAAAUGUGAUAAAGUUUUACAUUUGAACAUAAGAGAUGAAAUGAUUCAAACGGAAGAAUUCUUCAAAGACACUUAUAUUUUUCAAAAAGAUACUACUCUUAAAUUAAGCAAAAAGAUCACCCAAUUGGUAGAAUUUUACGCCAUAAUAACAGGCCAACAAACAAAUAUUGAAAAUUGUAAGAAGGAAUUGAAGUCUUUGUUACAUGAUCAUAUCGUCUGGGAGAGAAGUAACACAUGGAAAGACAUGCUUGGCUUGCUAUCACACAAUGAUGAGAUUGCUACUGAUUUGGAAGGUACUGAUCCAAAUGCUUCUCUUUUGGCUAAGAUAAAAUUAGAAUAUUAUAGCUGGGUUUUACCAAGACCAAUCAAUUUGAAGUAUGUCACGAUUAAGAAACUAAGUGUCCCAAAAUUAUUCUUUACUUGGAAAUCUUUUAAAAUUGCAUUUAUUAUCACUGUAACAGGUGUUCUACUAGGUAUCAAGACAUUUAACGACCCGGUUGAAGGUAGAUGUAUGGCUUUGGUAGAAUGUGUUGCUUUCCUAUGGGCAAGUGAAGCUAUUCCAUUACAUAUCACGGCGUUCCUUGUUCCACUAUUAACUGUCUUGUUCAAAGUUUUAAAGAAUACAGAUGGCAGCGUUAUGGCUGCUGCUGACGCAUCCAGUACAAUUUUGGCAGCUAUGUGGUCUUCUACAAUUAUGAUAUUGUUAGCUGGUUUCACCCUUGGUGAGGUUCUUUCCCAAUACAAUGUGGCAAAAGUGGUUGCAUCAUGGUUACUAGCUGCUGCAGGGACCAAACCAAGAAACGUCUUGCUAAUGGCUAUGGGAGUUGUGUUUUUCUUAUCUAUGUGGAUUUCCAACGUCGCAGCUCCAGUUUUGACAUAUGCAUUAUUAAAACCUCUAUUAGAUCCACUAGAUGCAUCAAAUGAUUUUGCUAAAGCUUUGGUUAUGGGUGUUGCACUAGCUGCAAAUGUUGGUGGUAUGUCAUCUCCUAUUUCAUCCCCUCAAAAUAUUAUCUCUAUGCAGUACCUAAAACCAUAUGGUAUUGGUUGGGGUCAAUUCUUUGCUGUCGCAUUGCCUACUGGUAUUAUAGCACUAAUAUGCUGUUGGAUUUUGAUGUGUCUCACAUUUAAGAUCAACAGAACCAAGUUAACAAAGUUCAAACCAAUAAGAACUAGAUUUAGUCUAAAACAAUAUUAUGUGAUUUUUGUUACAAUUAUGACCAUUAUUCUAUGGUGUGUCGAAGCUCAAAUUGAAGGUGCAUUCGGUUCUUCAGGUCUGAUUGCUGUCCUUCCAAUUGUUUUAUUUUUCGGUACUGGGCUGUUAUCCACAAAGGAUUUGAAUACUUUUCCAUGGUCUAUCGUUAUCUUAGCAAUGGGUGGUAUUGCACUUGGGAAAGCCGUUUCAUCUUCUGGUUUACUAGUAACAAUUGCCACUGCUUUGCAGAAGAAGAUUGAAAAUGAUGGAGUUAUGGCUAUCCUUUGUAUUUUUGGUAUAUUGAUGUUGGUGGUCGGUACGUUUGUUUCACACACCGUUUCUGCCAUUAUUAUUAUUCCACUGGUUCAAGAAGUGGGUGAUAAAUUAACAGAUCCAAAAGCUGCACCAAUCUUGGUGUUUGGCUGUGCAUUAUUAUCAUCAUGUGGUAUGGGGUUGGCAUCAUCUGGUUUCCCUAAUGUUACUGCCAUUUCGAUGACAGAUAGUAAAGGUAACAGAUAUUUGAAUAUGAUGACAUUUUUAACUAGAGGUGUACCUGCAUCUCUCAUGGCGUUUGUUUGUGUUAUCACCCUGGGAUAUGGUGUGAUGACGUCUGUCUUAAAGGGUGUAGCAACCAGCUGA